AUGAAUCCCCCAAUUCAACUUCGCUCGCUUAGAUCUGCGUCUCGGCUCGUUCGUCUCUCCAGGGACGGCGGCCGCGCAGCUACUCCAUUCCUUACCCGAUACAACCACUAUGCCACCCAGAGCAGUCUGGAUAGCUCCAAGAACCCCCAGCCAAAGAGGAAAUCGAUUACCGUGACCACCGACGAUGGACGAAUCAAAUGGGGACAGCUUUCGCGCGGAGAGAAGGCGGCACGUGCUACACAGCAGUCUGUCAAUUUUCUAGUUAUCCUGGCUGGCGCUGUGAUGACGUGCGGCGUGUUCACGUUUCUAUACCUCGACGUGUUUGCUCCCAAUAGCAAAACGAACCAGUUCAACCGCGCAGUGAGCCGCGUAAAGAAUAGCGAGGAAUGUCUCGCGUUGCUUGGAGACAGCAAACAGAUCAGAGCUUACGGCGAGACUUCAUGGAACAAAUGGACGAGGAAUCGACCUAUUUCGACAACAAUUAAAAAAGAUAGAAAGGGAAACGAGCACAUGAGGAUGAACUUCCAUGUCAGCGGCCCACUUAACGACGGUGUUGUGCUAGUCCACCUGGUAAAGCUGGCUGGCCAACAUGACUACGAAUAUCACCUUCUCGCUCUAGACGUCAGAGGCCACCAUCGUGUAUAUCUAGAGAAUGCAAAUGCCGCUAAGAAAGCAGCCGCAAAGGCUAGGUCAACGAUAUUUGGGAUCCAAUGGCGGUAG